AGCCUGGCACCCCCUUUGCCGACUAUGGCGACAAGGCAGCGGAAGGGCGAGGCGCGUUCUGCCAACCCCGGAGACCCUCCCGCCGUUUUGGAGAAGAGGGAGAUUGGAGACGAUGAACAAGGUUAUGACCUGGACUUGUUCUGCAUACCCAAACAUUAUGCAGAUGAUUUGGAAAAAGUCUACAUUCCACAUGGACUUAUUAUGGACAGGACAGAGAGGUUAGCACGGGAAAUUAUGAAAGGCAUGGGGGGCCAUCACAUUGUUGCUCUCUGUGUGCUCAAGGGAGGCUACAAAUUUUUUGCCGAUUUACUGGAUUAUAUUAAAGCCCUGAAUCGAAACAGCGACAAGUCCAUUCCGAUGACCGUCGACUUCAUCCGACUGAAGAGCUACUGUAAUGACCAGUCAACUGGCGAUAUAAAAGUAAUUGGUGGAGAUGACUUGUCAACCUUGACUGGGAAGAACGUCUUGAUUGUAGAAGAUAUAAUCGACACAGGCAAGACGAUGAAGACGCUGCUCUCUCUGCUCCAGCAGUACCAUCCAAAGAUGGUAAAAGUGGCCAGCUUGUUGGUGAAAAGAACACCUCGAAGCGUAGGAUACCGGCCUGAUUUUGUUGGUUUUGAAGUGCCGGACAAAUUUGUGGUUGGAUAUGCUCUAGAUUAUAAUGAAUACUUCAGAGAUUUGAAUCACAUCUGCGUGAUAAGUGAGACAGGGAAACAGAAAUACAAGGCGUGAUAAUGCUGGUUUCAUCAAACAGCAGCAAGAUCUUGAAGCUGACAUCUAGCAUCUGCCUUCCAACUGCCUUUUGGCCCCAAUCACCAGCUUCAGAUUGUGGAGUAAUCAAACGCUCUUGUUGUAUUGCUUGCUAUAACUUAUUGCAUGUACAGUAUGGGAAACUCAUCUUGUUCAUUUACAUUUGGAAAACUAAGAAAGUUCAUUUUCCCUUUUUUUAAAUUUGCACUAUGCAUCUUCUCAUUCUAGCUCCUCCCGUAAGAUGACCAAUUUCUCUCCCCCGCCCCUUUUAAACUUCAUCAGCCCCUGAAAUAGUUAUAAGUACUGUAAAUGUAUAAGGCAUUUUAAGAUGGGAAAUCUAUAUUAGUAAUAUUUUUUAAAAAAACAAGUAAUUUAAGUUUUAUAUUGUAAUGGAAUGUAAUUGAGAUGGGGGGGGAAUGAUCGGGUCGCUGCUCCAGGGGUUGGUGCUACGAAAGAGGCACGAGGAGCAACCGUGGACGGUUGUGGUCUUCUUGAAGGAGUUUUGAUGCUGUUCUGCUAAGCUGCUUGUUGGAGUUGCUUUAGUUACCUCUUGCAGAGUUAAAGAAAAGAGUCUACUUGGGUCUAGGGAAAAAAAGUGACAAAAUCAGAUGUUCAGGGUUUCUGUCUCCAGGAAGAAGCGUGGCAUUGUCCACUGGCAAUCCUUUGGCUAAAAACUGAUCAAAAGGAAGUGGAAGAGCCGGUUCAUACAGCUGAUAAUGCACAAGCUCCCCACGGCUUGUGUCUCCGUAGUUCUUUUCUUCCUCCAUCAGCUGAGUUGAGUUGCCUUUUGGAUCCAACCAUUGUCUUUGUAUUUUAUGUCAGUGAAAAAUGAUUGUAAUGCUGACCGUACGAGGUGCACAAAACGGAUGUACUUUAAAAUAAAAGCUGUUUCUCCAAA